AAGUCAGUUUUUUUGUAAUUGCCUCCACAUGCCUGCCUGUUAGUGGCCAGACCUGCACGAAAGUUCGUCAAGAUAAGAAAAACUUUAUUUUGUUACAAACGAGAACAUCCACAAUGGCUAAGAUUUUUAUUAACAUAUUAGCACUUGCUGUUAUUUUCCAGAUUGCUUAUGGAGACGAUCACAUUGAGAAAUGUAAGCAAAAAAUAAUAGAGCAGGCAAACAAUGUGAAACUCGGCCGUUUCCCGGCAUGCUUCGAUAAAGAUAAACUGAAGGUGCUGAAAAAUGACACGAAAACUUUGUCCCAAUAUUACGAUCAAUUACCGCCCGAGUGUAAGCGACCCACACCUCAGACCGUGUCUGGUUGUUACAAGCACUAUCAGGACCUUCUGAGUUCCAAGUCGGACAACAUCAAAACAACCAUAGUCAGCGGUAUUCAUUCGCUUUUCGAUGCGGUUCGUGGAUGCGUGGACGACAUCGUAGGCAAGUUCCAAAAUUUGGACUCUUGGGUCCUCCAAGGUUGUCCGUGAUGCAGUGUCGUAUUUCCAGUGUCUUAUUUCAUUUUUAAUAGCGAAAAUUAUAAUUUGAAAUAAUAUAAAAUUUAUCUACA